AUUUGCAUUAUCGCAAGCUUAGUCACACAACCACAUUGUAUUGCAUUCCACAGCGCAUCUCCGUUUGUAAAGAAAAAUCAUUUUUUUCCUUCUUAUCGUUCUCUUUUUUAUGAUUUAAAAAAUAAUUAUCAUGGGAGGAUUAUUCUCUCGUCCUACAUCCCGAUAUCAGGAGGAAUUUACUGAGAUUGAGAAAGUCGGAACUGGAGGUUUUGGCGAGGUUGUCAGAGUACGGCACAAGGUUGAUGGCAGAGAGUAUGCAAUCAAGAAGAUUCCAAUGUCUCUGAAAAAUGUGCAAUUUGUGAAGAAUGAGAUUAAAGUCCUGGCAAGUCUUGACUUCCAUCCGAAUAUUGUGCGAUACAAUACAUCAUUUUACGAAGGAAAUGUAAUGUACAUUCAGAUGAAUGUUGCGCAAAUGACUCUCCGGACGUGGCUCAAUCGGCGUGACAAACAAGCUGAGCCUUUCAAUGAAUUCUUCAAGGAAUUCAUCACAAAAGGCCAACAUUUUGAUCCUUUUGGAAUCAACAAUACAAAAGAUAUAUGUUGGGUAUGCCCAAACUAUCUAGCUGAGGGAAAUUUCAAAUUCAACCAAGCUUCCUUGGACAUUGGGAAGCAAGUCGCAUCAGCUCUGCAGUACAUUCAUCGCUGCAACGUCAUCCACAAUGAUAUUAAACCUGAGAAUAUUUUUGUAAAUUCCAAGGAUUGCGCAACAGUGGUGCAACUUGCGGAUUUCGGGCUAGCUCGCUUUCCAUUCACGAGAAGACAACCCAGGGGAACAUUGAUUUAUGCAGCUCCUGAAAAAUUUCGUGGACUCGGAGGCAUGAGCAGUGAUCUGUACAGUGUGGGACUCAUUUUUCUGGAACUCCUCAUGCCCAUUAAAACAAUUAUUGACUUAAAAGGGAUCUUCAGGCAAGCUAGAGAAGGUCAAUUGCCGGAUAAUUUAUCUAUAAAUUAUAAAAGAUUAAUUCAGCGUCUUUUGGACAAUGAUCCAUCCAAACGUCCCACUGCAGGGAUACUACUGGAAAUCCUAAUUUUUUUCAUGACGAACAAAAUCGACGAAGAGCAUUCUGAGGAUACAGAAAAUCAGUUGUGUAAAAAAUGGCCAGAAAUUUUCAAUUAACCUAUCGAAGAGUAGACGAUCGAUGCAACGAAUGCAACAUAGAUUGCGCAACUGUGGCUCAGAUAGCGGAUUUCGGGCUAGCUUCUACAGCAGACCAUGAAAAACAACCAUUUGGAUCAGAACCCUAUGCGGCUCCUGAGAAAUAUCAUGGAUUUGGAGGCAAAAGCAGUGAUUUAUUCAGUGUAGGAAUCAUUCUCCUAGAACUCCUUGUCCCUAUAUCAAUGACGACCCAGAGGAGUUUUAAUGGAUUGAUUUGGAUUAAUUAUAAUUGGAUGUUCUCCAAUUUGACCACAAAUUAUAAAAAAUUGAUCCAGCGUCUCAUGCAUCAUGACUCAUCUAAACGUCCAACAGCAGAGAAGGUUCUGGAAAUAUUGGAUUUCUACAUAGAGAAUAACAUUGACGCUGGGCACUCUGAAAAUGCGGAAAAUCAGCUUUAUGAAAAAUGGCCAGAAGUCUUCAAGAAUUAACCUCUUGGAGAAUAUAAAUAAAUAAAUAAUAUUUUAUCUCUUUGUCACUUCAUAAAAUCUAAAAAUUAUGAAGAUUAUAUUUUCGUUUGAAAUAAAAAAAAAACGUUUUUUUUUAAACACAUCACAAA